GGGAAGAAAUCCCCCGGUCUCGGCUGUCAAACCUCAGUUUAAGGUCUGGGGCGGACGCUUUAGCGUCUGGUGUGUUUGUGAGGCGUCAACAGUUUGUUACAGGCGUCCGUUUCGAAGGAUAUUCUCACCAUGAGGGUUUAUUUUCUUUGCGCGCUGGUCGCAUUGCUGCACCUUGUGUCGUGCUGUGAAAAGGAAACGCAUUAUCUGAAGGGUGAAGAGUGCUGUAAGAAGUGUGGACCAGGUAAGAGGAUGUUGAUGAACGACGACUGCAAGGACCCUCGGUGUCAGGACUGCGAGGACGGAGAAUAUCAGAGCGGCUACACGAGCGAAACCAGAUGCGAUCGCCAGCCCAGCUGCGACGUCAAUUUGCAUUUUAAGCCAGAGCCUAACCCCAGUAAAACCAGCCUGGUCAAGUGCCAGUGUAAACCUGGAUACUACUGCACGCAAGACGACGACUGCAACUCUUGUAGGGAGCACACAGCUUGCAAGCCUGGACAGAGAGUGGCCAAAACAGGCUCGGCGGUUAGCGAUACUGUGUGCGAGGCGUGUAAAAAUGGGACGUUCUCCACCCGUUUUUCGGCUGACGUUUGCAAGGAAUGGACAAAGUGCGCAGAUGGAUUUGAAAACGCUCCUGGGAGUUCGACCUCGGACCGGAUCUGUGCGGACGGUAAACCCAAUAACAGAACUGUAAUAGGAGUGGUGCUUGCAGUCGUGUUUGUCGUCGGCCUCAUCCUUGUAGUUGCAGUGUGUAACUGCACAGGAAGUAACAAAAGCUGCAAAGAGUUCUCCAAAAAAGCCGAAACCAUAACAGGCAUAAGAAUAAAAAAACUGGAGGCGGAUGCAGAUAUCGAGAGAGCGAUCCAGCCGUUAAAUCAACAGCCUGAGGAGGACGAUGAUGACAGCAUACCCGUGAGCCCCACGCUGAGUAACAUGACCGAAAAUGGAAAUCCUGUGCAGCAAGAGCACGGCAAAGAGUCGGUCAGUUCGCAUCCGGAAUCGAAUUCAAUUCUGUAGAAUUCUACGGAAAACACGGACAGACAUUAGUAAGCGCUGCUUUAAUCUAAACGUCCCAAACGGGCGCGAGUCUUACGUAGUCGUGAAAAUGACUGAAACGGUAGCUUCACAGCACUGGUUUGUGUUUUCAAACAUACGCCCUUGCGUGGCGUUAAUGCAAAUGCAAUCUCCGGCUCGCUAUUUGGUCGAAACAGGAGCCAGUUUAAACUAUUUGGAAGCAGAAAAUGUAGUGAGGGCGGCUUCGCGAGCUGGCGCGCCCUCCAUACGCUCGUUUUACUGACACUAACCGCUGUUUUAUUCUAAAAAGUGAGGGGGGAAGACAAUUAAACGUGGUUUUCCCUACGUCAGCUGUAGUCUGAUAAGAAAAAGGCUCCGGCGCGCAAGAAGGCCGCACCAAACAAACGCACAUGCAUCCUAUCUCGGGUUUUAAGCACGGUGCUUUAUAUUUAACAGAUCGCAGAUUCCAGAAUGAUCGUUUAACUUUAAAAAUCGGAUUUUUUUGGCAUGUUUGGGAACGCCGUUUCUUCACAGCCUAAUCAUUCUUAGAACAUUAACUCCCAUCAAAAAUCAUGUGCAAACGCGAAUAUAAUAAAUGUUAAGGUUAUGCUCAACGAAAUCACGUGUAAAGUUUUGCAAUGCUUGGUCGUCGCUGUUAAAUGUUGAUGUGCGCGUUGCUUUGUAUUACGCUGUAUAAAUAGUCUUCGUUGUACAUUGCAUGAUUAUAUUUUCAUAUGUUAUUUGUAUCGUUUUAUGUGUUUUUGAGGGAAAGCAACUCUUUGCGUAUUAAAUCAUUCCUGUACAUAUUAAAACAUUCUUGAUCAUC